UCUAAUGAUAUGGAAACAGUGAAUGCAUUGAUAAAAUGCAGUGCAUGUCAGCGUUUGCCAAGAUUUUGUCAGCUGUCACGAGAUCCAUCAGCAUGAGAAACAGGAAGGGAAUGGCUAACUCUAAAAAACGAUGAUGCGAGUACAAUAAAAGGGACGACAUUGAAACUAGUGGUGUGCCAAAUCACAGAUUAUAGUUUUUUUUCCUGAAUACUAUUUUUACUCAAUUCCGUAUGUUACCGACAUGGCAAAAACUCCGUGGAUUAUUAUUUUAUCAGUCAUUCUCCGGUCAUCUCAGGUGAUCUGUCAAGAGGCAAUCUUGCACAUCUCAAAUGGAGCCACAGAUAAAGAAUACUGCCUGGUCUACAACUCCUUAUGGACCAACCUGUCACUCUCACUCAGCGCUGCUACUGCGUAUCCUCUGGUGAACCUGUCGUCCAGGCUACUGUGUAGCUCUGCAGGGGUGAGCCCAGACAUAGUGAGAGGCAAGGCGGUGGUGGUCAUGAGUGGGGAGUGUAACAUCAGCCAGAAGGCUGUGGUAGCCCAAGACCUGGGGGCUGCUGCUCUGAUCGUUGCCAGCACUAACUCUAUGAGUCCCCCGGGAGCCAAUGUGACAGAGUAUGAGAAGGUCCAGAUUCCGCUGGCUCUGAUGAGAUACAUGGACUUCCUGGACGCACAGAAUGUGUUUGGUGAGGAGAUGCAGGUUAGGCUGUAUGCCCCGGCGGUGCCUGUGUUUGAUCUCAGCAUUGUGGUCAUGCUUCUCAUAGGAGUGGUGACUGUUGCUCUGGGAGGCUACUGGAGCGGAGCCUGUGAGAGAGAGAGGCUGAGUGCGUCUCGAGGUGGAGGAGGAGGAGGAGAGGAGAAGAGUGACAGUGGGGACUUGGCUCUGUACUCUCCCCUAAAGGUGGUCAUUUUUGUAGGUCUGAUGUGUCUGAUGCUGGUACUCAUGUACUUCUUCUACAAGUACCUGGUGUAUGUGAUCAUCGCCAUAUUUUGCCUUGCGUCAGCCACCGCCCUCUUCAGCUGUCUGGACGCCCUGUUGGACCUGGCCAAGUGUAGCCCCAUGAGUGUGACGGUCCUGGGUGGGAGUGUAUCUGUGAGGUCGGUGCUGCUGUCUGCUGUGUGUGUCACCGUAGCCGUGGUCUGGGGAGUCUACAGGAACGAGGACAGGUGGAUCUGGAUCCUACAGGACCUCCUGGGUGUGGCCUUCUGUCUCAACUUCCUAAAGACCAUCUCACUGUCCAACUUCAAGAUCUGUGUGAUCCUGUUGAGUCUGCUGCUGUUGUAUGAUGUGUUCUUUGUCUUCAUCACUCCUCUGUUCAUGCCGAAUGGGGAGAGCAUCAUGGUCCAAGUGGCCCUGGGUCCAGAUGCAGCAGGAGAGAAGGGUAACACGGUGGAGGUGCCAGCCGAACCCUCGACUCCAUAUGAGAAAGUAAGACCCCAGCGCUUUACUGCUCAGCUUCAUAUGUACUGUUAAUUAUCAAUUCAUCUC